AUGGCGGCGACGGGCGAUGGAUGGGCGGCAGACGGCGGUGACACGGGCGGGCAGUGGCGACGGACGGGCGACGGCGCUCGGUGGAAGGGCUCGGACGAUGGCGACGGCGACGGCGACGGGCUGUGGCGACAGACGACGGAAAGCGGUGGAAGGCGGGGAUGA